CUGGGAGACGCAGCUCACAACGCCUCCCUCCCACCGGCUGAGAGCAGCCUGGAAUCCCUGAGACUGAGGGAGGGAGACCGUUCCUGAGAGUCUGCCUUGCACUCGGCGGCGGGGAGCCUCUCCCACUGUGGAACUUUCUCCCGUUGCCUGUUUGCUGGACUGUUUCUCACUGAUCUGAAUAGUUCGAAUAUAGAGGCUUGUGUUCAUCCUUACAUCUCUCCAAAGUUUGCAGGGUGCCUGGCACAUAGACCUGUAGAAGGACGCAGCCGGUCCCUCUGCAUUGGAACCAGACUAUUGCACCCAACGCCGGAGUCUGCGGUGUCCUGUGGACUGUGCGCGGCGACAGCCGCCGGCGUGACCCGAAGGCCCGUGCCCCACGCAGGCGCCCAGGCACCAUCCCGCGUCUUCUGCCACUCGUAGGCGCUCGGGACCUCUAGGCCCAGGGGUAGAUUCAGCCUCUCCUCCAGCACCUCCAGGAAGAACCAAAAUUUCAAUUUGGGAUUUUCCUAUAAACAAGAGCCUAGAGUCGGUUUUGCUCGAUGCUGGAUUUAAUACGUGUAUGUUUUUGAGAGAUUGGUUUUUCUUUACUUUUGAUUUUUGAUCUGCGUUUAUGUGACAGACUCUCACCUGUACCUUAUUAUUAUUUUUUCUAUCAUUAUUAUUAUUGUGUCUUGCUGCAUCGCGCCUUGACUCGCGAGUGACGGGACUCCGAAGCGUAGAGCUCGCAGGGGCGAUGUACCAGAGCUUGGCCAUGGCGGCCAACCACGGCCCCCCUCCCGGGGCCUACGAGGCGGGCGGCCCCGGCGCCUUCAUGCACAGCGCGGGCGCUGCGUCCUCGCCAGUCUACGUGCCCACGCCGCGGGUGCCCUCAUCUGUGCUGGGCCUGUCUUAUCUCCAGGGCGGAGGCGGGGGCGCCGCGUCCGGAGCCACCUCUGGCGGCAGCUCUGGUGGGGCCCCGUCGGGUGCCGGGCCCGGAACCCAGCAGGGCAGUCCCGGCUGGAGCCAGGCGGGAGCCGAGGGAGCCGCCUACACGCCCCCGCCGGUGUCGCCGCGCUUCUCCUUCCCGGGAACCACUGGGUCCCUGGCGGCCGCCGCCGCCGCCGCCGCGGCCCGGGAAGCCGCGGCCUACAGCAGUGGUAGCGGAGCUGCGGGUGCGGGCCUGACGGGCCGCGAGCAGUACGGGCGUGCGGGCUUCGCAGGCUCUUACUCAAGCCCCUACCCCGCCUACAUGGCCGACGUGGGCGCGUCCUGGGCCGCUGCCGCCGCCGCCUCCGCCGGUCCCUUCGACAGCCCGGUCCUGCACAGCUUGCCCGGGAGGGCCAACCCCGCUGCCCGACACCCCAAUCUCGUAGAUAUGUUUGAUGACUUCUCGGAAGGCAGGGAGUGUGUCAACUGUGGGGCCAUGUCCACCCCGCUCUGGAGGCGCGACGGGACGGGGCAUUACCUCUGCAACGCCUGCGGCCUCUACCACAAGAUGAAUGGCAUCAACCGGCCCCUGAUCAAGCCCCAGCGCCGGCUGUCGGCUUCCCGCCGGGUGGGCCUGUCCUGUGCCAACUGCCAGACCACCACCACCACGCUGUGGCGCCGCAACGCCGAGGGUGAGCCGGUGUGCAAUGCCUGCGGCCUCUACAUGAAGCUCCACGGCGUCCCAAGGCCUCUUGCAAUGCGGAAAGAGGGGAUUCAGACCAGAAAACGGAAGCCCAAGAAUCUUAAUAAAUCUAAGACACCGGCAGGUCCCUCGGGUGGUGAGAGCCUUCCUCCCGCCAGCAGCGCCUCCAGCAACUCCAGCAACGCAGCCACCAGCAGCAGCGAAGAGAUGCGUCCCAUCAAGACAGAGCCCGGGCUGUCGUCCCACUACGGGCACAGCAGCUCCAUGUCCCAGACGUUCUCAGUCAGUGCGAUGUCCAGCCACGGGCCCUCCAUCCACCCGGUCCUCUCGGCCCUGAAGCUCUCCCCACAAGGCUACGCAUCUUCUGUCAGCCAGUCACCGCAGCCCAGCUCCAAGCAGGACCCUUGGAACAGUCUGGCCUUGGCUGACAGUCAUGGGGACAUAAUCACUGCAUAAUGUCACCUCCUUCCCUCCUCAGAUUCCUGCAUGGACUUGGGACUUGGAGGAUGGCAGAGAUGAGGCUCUGGGGCCCCAGGAGCCAGCCCGUUCUGUUGGAGAAUGACUCCAGAAGAACAACUGGGAAGAAACUUGAAAUUGACAGAUUGGUUAGGGGAAGUGGGUGUUGGAUUAUAUCAGAUGCCUUUCAAGGGUGGACUCCUGGGAAGAGCCCAGACUCUGACCUGGAAGAACCCACCCUUUACCAUGAGCACAUUUAAGCCCCUUCUGUGGACUAAGAGACUUCUCUGUUGUUUUCCAGCCCACCCCUCCCCCGUAGGGGACUCGAUGUCCUUUUGCCCUGCCCUUUCACCACCGUGGCUGGAGAUGGUGGUUUUUCCAUGGUGUUCCCAGCACUGGGGUUCUGAGGGUUGGUGGAGGGGGCUAGGCGCUGGGACCUCUGGUCCAGCCUGAACCAGGGCACCUGUUUGACAUGUGUGUGGAUACAACAAGCCCCAGGCUGCUGCUGCCUCUGUCCAGCACUCCCCCUUGAGGCUUGGCACACCCCUGCAUUCCUCAGUACCAAAUCUUGACCCAGGAAGCCUCAGGUGUGGCUCCGAUGCCACUGAAUGCUUCAUGGGGACACAGAGGAGAGGGCUGCUUCACCCACUGCAAGGUGUGCCUUGGCCGAAUCACACCUUGGCAACUUCACCUCUCCCAAGUUCCUUUCCCUGGCUCUCGGCUCAAACCUCCAGUCCCUUCUCCUCACCCCCCAAGGCCUCUGAAAAUAAAAAUCCCUCCAUUGCUGAGUGAUUCAGCUCGAACAGGUGUCUCGCUCUGCGAAACAGGAGCUCGGCAGUCUAGCCACAGCAGCCUCCCCCUCAGCUGUGCCCCAAAUCCUUCUUCCCUGUCACCCACAGUCAGGGUCUGAGGAAGUACAAAAAGGUUCUGCUGCUAAAGCAAGUUUGACAAACACUCAUCUAAGACUUGAGAUCCUUCCGGAGAGCAUGUCUGGUAGACACCGUCUCCCUGGGGCUGGGGCCAGCCCCUGGGCCGGGCAGAGGCUUUCCAUGGAUUCUGGCUCUCUUGUACUUGGAUUUCGCCAGUGCCGCUCUUGUUCUGUGGAGAUGUGCCUCUUGGUCAGACAGCAGGCCAAGUUCAUCCAAGGGGUGUGGAGCUCCAGCACCCACUUCCUUUCCUCAGCAGGAAGUCUGAGUCUCUUGUCCGGGAAUCAAACAGCUCGGGAUGUUGCAACAUCAAAGGAAACACAACAAAACCGAACUCAGAUGGAAAGACGAUGACAGAGAAGACACCGAGGGUGGGCCCUGAGGGAGCCUCCGGCCCUGUGCUCUUCUGGAAUUGGCCUUCUUCUGUCCAUGUUGCUGUUCCUGCCCGUGGUGCUGGGGCUCACAGAGACUCCUCUCUGCUGGGCCUCCUCAGCAGCAGAGCUAUAGCUGACUGUGGUCUUCCUACAUUCUCCCCCCAGAGGCCCAGCUCCCAACCCCCAAAUCCUCCUGGCUGUAGCAGAGAAUAUUUUUAAACCAAGAUUCUGUUUUAAUCAUCAUUUACGUCGCUUUCUUCCGUGAAGGCCACCCUCGUGUACCUUCCUAACCCACAAACCUGUUAACAUUGUCUUAAGGUGGAAUGGCUGUAAAAUCAGUAUUUAACUAAUAAAUUCAUCUGUACUCCUCUU